CUGUCAGCUCUAUAAGGGGGACAAUGGGCACAGCUCCCCAGCCCCCAGAGGGUGCUGGAGGUGUUCCCAGUGUCCCUGCGUGUCCCACUGCCAUGUGGCCCUGCCUGCUGCUCGCUCUGGCCCUGCUGGGCACUGUCCCUGCCAGCCACCCUGGCCCCUGCCAGCUCCAGGGGCUCCCCGCUGGUGAGACCCCCCAGCUGCGCUACACCGUGGUGAACAAGCUGCGCACCUAUUCGGGCGCCCAGCGCUACUGCCAGGACGUGUACCGGGGCCAGCUGGCCUCGGUGCACAGCUCUGCCCGCAACCAGGAGCUGCAGAAACUGGCAAAAACCUACAACAAACUCCUCUCACCCUGGAUUGGAGCUGUCACCAGCCGCAGAGUGAGGGGACACCAGGGAAAAUGGGCUGCCAAAGGGCUGCUGGGUGCUGGCAAAAUCAGCUGGGGGUUGCUUUGGGGGGUGAGGGGCUGGGUCUCGGGUGCUGGGUGCCGGGUGCCGGGUGCUGGGGCUGCUCCGUGCGGGAUGAGCCUGGGGAUGGGGUGCUGAGGCUGGUUUUGAGACAUGAAGAGCUGGUUUUUGGGGUCGAGGAGCUGGGUAGGCGUGGUUGGGGCUGUCACUGAGGUGUUGGCACAGCAGGAGGGGAAGUGGCAGUCCUACUGGGAGGACUCCAGCCCCUGGAACUUCGCGAACUGGGCGCCCACCCAGCCCUUGCACGGCAUCACCACCUGCACCACCCUCAGCGUCCGAAACGGGCUCUGGCGAAGCCGCAUCUGCUACCAGUUGCGCCCGUU